AGAGUGCUGGCAUUGGGGUGGAGUCGCUUCGACGCUUCAGAAGCUCCGACAGCGCUCCUUCAUCCUAAAAGCUAGAAAAAUCGUAUACGAUGCCUUGAGGCAUUGUCCAGGGUGCAAACGCUUCAACGCAAAACCGGCGGCAGAACCGACUCCGGCGUUACCGGCGUUCAGAGUCGAAAUCACUCCUCCCUUUCUCUUCACGGGAGUCGAUUUUGCCGGUCCUCUCUACUACAAGAGAGAGAAUGGAAGAAAGGCCAAGUCGUACAUUCUUCUAUUCACAUGUGCUGUAUCAAGGGCCAUCCACUUGGAGCUCACGAUGGACCUGUCAACAUACGCGGUCCUUCAGGCGCUGCAAAAAUUUAUCAAUCGGUUCCCAUCAGCGCGGAAUUUCAUCUCCGACAACGGCGCAUCCUUUCGCCGAGCCGACGCCGAGAUUCGACUCAUCUACAACCACAUCGCCAGAGGCGAAAUAUCGAAAUGGUUGACUGAGACAAAGCUCACGUGGAAAUUCAUCACACCGGCAUCCCCAUGGGUCGGCGGCUUUUGGGAAAGAAUGGUGGGAUGCACCAAGCGUUGCCUGAGCAAAGCGCUCGGUACUGAUAGAAUUUCUGACUAA